AUGGGCGCCAAUAACUCCAUCCCACAAAUAAUACGCAUCCGAAAUCCGGAGAGGCGAGAAUCAGUAGAAGUAUCCCCGUCAGUUGUAACACGUUUGGAAAAUGCUCAGAGGCAAAGUGAAAAUAAGUCGGAUAGAAAAAUGCCGGAGAAGGAACAGCAGCAACAAGAACAGCAGCUAUACCAACAGAAGCAAAAACAUCGACAGCAGGGGCAGUUGAACCAACAUCCAUAUAAGAACAAUCAGCACUAUAAGCGUAAUCUUGACGAAUGGACCCAUAAAUCUGAUGUUUUAUUGGAUCGUGCAUUUAACGAGUUGGAAGAACAACAAUUUGAAAAAACCAAAGAAAAAUGUGAAAAUGAAUUUGGCAAACCGCUCGAAUGGACUAACAACAUUGAAGGUGAAAUUGUAAUGUUACGGAAUGAACUGAUUGCGUGUUAUCGAGAGAAUCCUGGGGAACCAUUAUGUUGCGCCGAAUUGGCUGAAAGGUUUCAAGAGUUGAUUUUCCGCGAACAAUUUUCGGCCAUUUUAAAAUUUAACCGCAAGACUUAUGACGAUGAACGAGAGUCAGAACGAUGUCCAUCAGACGAAGCUAAAUAUUUUUCCCAACGACGCCGAGUGUGA